GGAGGUAGUAUGUAAAUCUAGAGAUUUAACAUAAACUUAGAACAUAUUAUAUGAAAAUAAAACAUUACAAAUUGAUAAAAAUGACUAGAUAUGGUUUAAAUUCCAAGAAAAAUCAUUACUCCUCAUGUGACUACUAGAAAACAGUUUGAUUGGCCAAUUAAGGAAGAUAGAACACUUUGUAUCAAUGCAACUUCAUUGAAUGGAGAUGGAACAAAAUAUUACUGUUAAUAUUUUCUCUUUUUCGAAUGUCGUUAUGACACCAUAAAUACCAUAAGUACCAUAGAUCUCGAGCAAAUUCAAAUGAUAUGCAAAACUCAUGUUUUUGUAAAUUUGGCACUAAGAACAUUAUAAUCUUCAGAUGACGUCAGAUGUAUCUGUUUUUCUCUGUUCAAUUUUGUUUUAAACUUUUAUGAUCAUUUUUUAACCAGAUAAGACAAUUUCUAUUUCUAUGGUCAAUUGCUUAGCAUGUGUAUUACUGUGCCUACCAAUCAAUAGUAUUUAACAUGCACAUACCCAUACCCUUUUCAACAAAAGACGAGAACAGGGACAAUCAUGUUACAUUGAAAGAUGGUUAAAUGAACCAUACAUGACAGUAUAAACUGGCAUAUCACGGUGUGGCACAAGGCGACAAUAACAAACAAUCUAUAUAUUACAUAGUUUGGAAUUUGUUUACAGACUUUCAAGGAUGAAAUAAUAAUUCAAGUUUAUGUUAGAUAAUUUCCUUGUACACUAUAUGAUUGCGGAUAAAAUGUUUAAUACUUUUUAGGAUUCUUCCUAUAUCAAACUGGACUACAUGUCUACUCAUGAACCUUGUAUCAUCCAAAUUUAGAAUGUUUCAUGGAUAUUUCAUGUAGUGACUUCCCGUUUAAAAAAUACCUUGUUUUACGAUUGAUGGCUAUUGCAGAAGAGGAUAACUAAACAUGAUAUUGCAUGGAGUUUUCCAUGAAGUAUCCUGUGUCGUCUUUUCUUUUCUACAAGUAAUUCUGUAUCAAUAUUUGAUGGUGGCUGCAAGUAACAGCAACUGUGAAAGGAGACCUCAUGGAUGUUGUGAAGGAUAUACAUUUAACGCUACUUUGGAUACAUGUGUAGAAUGCGAUAUUGGAUUCUUUACCUCUAAUUGUUCCUUAACCUGUCCGUAUCCAACCUAUGGACGAGACUGUCAAAACAUUUGUAACUGCACAAAAGAUAUGUGUGAUUAUGUUCAGGGCUGCCUUAAAGAAUUUGGAGUUUUAGAAAACGGAACGGCCGUGAUUUCGAAGAAAAUUGCGCAGAGAAAGCAGGGAGUUUCUACAAACACCCCGAUGACGUCAGCUCUGACUGGAUUGGUUUCUCUCUCGGUGCUGGUGCUGAUAGCGUACGCCAUUCAGAAGCGUUAUGGUGGAAGAGACAAACCUAUGCUGGACAUUAUGGAAAUGGGUCGGCGUGAAAAACCAGACAAGUGCAACAAUCUUUAGUGAAACUAUUUAUCCGUGUAUCUAUGAACAUAUUAUACUCUAACAUUAUUUUUAAAAUUAAAACCAUUUUAACGAGAGCUUGCAUUGACUUUGGGAAGUUGUGUCAUACAGCACUGUGAGUUUGUCUGUUUAUUUCAUUGCGGGCCACUCAGCCAUGGCUCUUUGAAAUCAACAAGAUUUGUCUGGCUUUUGAGCUAAGACUACGCAAUGGGUUCAUAUUUUGCUUGAAACCGCGUCAUUUUUAACUUGUUAUGAUGCAAGAAAUAGAUAGCUACGCUCUACUGAAAGUCCAAGGUCUUUUUAAAAUGGUUCUCUUAUAAUUACAUGUAUGGAUUACGGUAGUUACAACAUCACACCCUCUUGAUUUGAUUUUAUCCAUUUUGGUUUCACAGUAUAUGGUUCAUCGAAGUGUUUAAAGUUCGAAAUCAUAAACACGGAUGUUUCAAUACUGAUAAAAACAGGAAUAGCCGAAGAGAAUGUCCUGUUAUCUUUCCUGAUAUAUACUUCAUUUUAUCAAUAUGCAUUUUUUAAUAUCAUAUUACAACAUGACUAUUUGAUAAAAUGAAGUAUAUCAGAAAGGACACUGUCUGUAUGGUCGUUGUGCAUUUAAAAACAUGAUUCCAGACCUAGUUUGCGUAUACAGUUGAUUAUAAUUUGACUUAUUUUUAAAACUAUUCCACGCAUUUGUUUGCAUCAA